GCAGCAUCGCUCUACCUACGUCAUUAUGACGUAGGGCGUUGCGUGGGCUAGCUAUAGCAGCGUUAGCUGUGUAACGGUGAUGUUGUAAUGUAGAGGGUGUCUGAGGAUUUCCAAAAUAUCGACGCAGAUCGACAUUGAUGAGAGGAUUUUAUUAAUGCUCUGUGCCAUGUCUGUGAAGAGCCCAUCAGACCUGCUCAAUGAAAACACGUACAUCCCACCCUCACUGACCCUUGACCAUCUCUGCUUAUCGCAUGAAAGAAAGUUGGGCCUGACAGAGACUCAUGGGUCAAAUCCUUUCUCUCUAAAGAGUCAACUUAAUUACGGCAGCACAAACUCUCUCCAGCUUCUCAAAGGCAUUAUGGGAGGACUAGAUGAUGAUGAUGAUGUAUCCCUCCGGCACCAGGAAGAUGAAUGGAGCAGAAAUCAGGAGAAUGAGCACGGUCUUCCAGGCUCCGAGAGCAAUGCCAAGUGGAUGAAGGAAGAUCAGAAUCAAAUAUGCAAGUUAGCAGAGCAGCAGCAACAAGACCAGAAUCUCAACCUGGUUGAAAACAAGAAUGAAUCCACUGACAGAAACCCAAACCAGAACUCACAGCGGCGCCAUGAAGAGAAGAACAAGACCCUGAAAGCGCUCUGCUCUGACCAGCACAGUUGGGCAGCUGAUGAACCUCUUCUGAUUUACUCUUCUAACACUCUGAUGGAGAAGAAUCAAGAAAACCAAGAGCAGACGAGAGACGAGGAAGUAGAAAGAGAGAAAGAGGAAGAUGUAAAUCCCAGUGGAGGCGAGAACACCGAUUCUGCUGAGAUUCAGAAGAAAGGAGGUGAAGGUGGCAGCAGAAAUGCUUGUUUGCUGUUCAGUAAGAACGGCAUUCCCAGCGACGAGGACUCCAGCUGCAUGUCGCUGUCACAGGGAAGCACUGCAAGCAGCACCCCAGAUGGAGAGCCAGAGUCCUACUGGGAUGGCAGUGCAUUUGAAACAGACACAGACCUGCCCGCUGGAUGGAUGCGAGUGCAGGACACAUCAGGCACCUACUACUGGCACAUUCCCACAGGUACCACGCAGUGGGAGCCACCUGGGCCCCUAGAGGAGAGACCAGCCAGCACGUCACCUGCGGUCACACCUGCUGAUGAGCCACAGAUUACAUGGAGUGGUGUUUCUCAUCCAAACACAUUCAUUGAGGAAGAGCACUGGCAGAAGGAGGACGCGGCUUCUGAUGAAAGUCUGAAGGAGUUUGAGGGAGCGACUCUACGUUAUGCCUCCAUCAAUCUCAGUUUUUCUCAGUCUGAGGAGGAAGAGGAACAGACUUAUUUCAGCAGUAAUGAGGGGGCGAAGUGCUUUGCAGUGCGUUCUCUGGGCUGGGUGGAGAUAUCAGAAGAGGAAAUGGCUCCUGGCAGGAGUAGUGUUGCCGUUAAUAACUGUAUCCGACAGCUGUCCUACCAGAAACACAAUCUUGAUGACACGGCUGGCAUCUGGGGCGAGGGGAAGGAAAUGCUUCUGGUGCUGGAGAAUGAGACUCUGAACCUGAUCGAGCCUCACGGUCGAACGCUGCUGCACUCUCAGCCGAUCAUCAGCAUUCGUGUGUGGGGAGUUGGACGUGAUGAUGGCAGGGACUUUGCAUAUGUGGCACGAGACAAGUUGACUCACGUGCUCAAGUGUCAUGUAUUUCGGUGUGACACCCCUGCAAAGCACAUUGCCACAAGCCUGCAUGACAUCUGCUCAAAGAUAAUGGCCCAGAGGAAGUCAUCCAGCAGACUGAACACUGACCCCUCAAGACUUAGGGACAUCCCUUUCCAGGAGUUCCCAGCUCCCAAGAAUGAGCUGGUCCAGCGCUUCCAGGUGCGGUACUUGGGUCGUGUGCUGGUGGCAAAGCCAGUUGGCAUGGAUGUGAUUAAUGUAGCACUGGAGACGGCUCUUAACAAAGACCAGGAGGAUUGGACACCUGUGACUGUGAACGUGGCAUCCGCUACACUCACUAUUCUGACUUCUGAGGCAGAGGAAGUUCUUUCUGAAUGUCGUGUGCGUUUCCUGUCGUUUAUGGGAGUCGGGAAGGAUGUGCACACGUUUGCAUUCAUAAUGGCUGAGGGACCUGGAGACUUUAUCUGCCACAUGUUCUGGUGUGAUCCAAACGCAGCAAGUCUAAGUGAGGCCGUACAGGCCGCCUGUAUGCUGAGGUAUCAGAAGUGUUUGGACGCUCGGCCUCCCAGCAGUGGCAGCUCUUGUCUGCCCGGCCCGCCUGCUGACUCGGUCGCCCGCAGGGUCGGAUCCAGCGUGAAGAAGGGUGUUCAGAGUCUGCUGGGUAGCUUCAAGAGAUCUGGAUCUCAGACUCCCUAAAAAGGAAAACACUUCCACAAAUAUGUUUUGUUCUGUGUGUGUGUUUGUGUGUUUUAUGGGCCUACUAUUAGAGGGUCGUUCCCGCCACUGCGACUGUCCUCCUGCGGUUAGCGUGCAGCAGGAACCAGAGGACACAUUGCCAGAUAUUCCAUCGUUACGCAUUACAUUUUCAGUUGCUUUUUCUGUGUUUGUUUACAUUAGCAGAUGUACUGUAGAAGUGGUUUAGCACUACCGGGUGAUUUACCUGGAUUGGAUUUUCAGUGUACUCGAUGUUAUGUGGACUACACUCUCUAAUGACACUAAACAUUACGCAUGCUAUCAAAAAACACUAAAAUGAGCUUAUAUACUAUGCAAUGUGCUUUUUUUCUUUUUUAUUUGUUGUUCUUCCUCUGGCUUUGCAUUGUGACACAUACUGUGCUAGCUUUGACUGCUUUUCUUUUCUUUUGAAGAAUUGAUUGCUCUUCCCCAAACUCAGCAUAGAUGCGAACCGUGACUGAAAUCAGUAGCAAACCCAGAGUUAGUAACAUCUGUAUGCUGUUUACCCCAAAACAUCAACUCCUCAUUCACUCACUCUCAUGUUCCAGACCUGCAUACAUUCCAAAACUCUUUGACUUUAUGAAAAAAGGUGCAGUUCCACAUAUAUUCGACUUGCCUUGCUUACUGCAAGUCACAAAGCCUUUUCAUUUCUUCCAUUAUAGUUGAUUUUGAUGUUUGAUAAACUUACAUUAUACAUCACUGUACAUUUACCCACUCUGCCAGUUUGUGAACUUAAUUAGACAAUUUUAUUCAUUUGUAAAAUAGCAUUAACAUAUCCUAGUCUUCCAAAGUGUAUUUGCUCAUUAAGAAAGCCCCGCUUUAAAUGAGCAUUUCUUUUAAUUAUUAUUAUUUUUAUUUCUUUUACAUUUUUGUGCGUGUUUGAUAUGCUGGAUGGCUUUAUCUUGAUGAAAAAAAAGAUUUUUGAUUAUGAUCAAAAACACAAACUUAACAUCAGCAUAGUGUGUUUAACAAAGAAUGUGGCAUACGCUGAUUCUAGAGGGUGCUCUGCGUUUGUUCCUGUCCAGUUUGUACAUACUGCUGUCACUAAAAAUGUUUGUUUUUGUUUUUUUGGUCCCUCUUUUAAAUUGUACAUUGAAGUCAACUGAUUAUCUGCACAUAUUUACACAUUGGGGGGGGAAAUGUAUCUUAAAUUCUUUGCAACGAUGGAUGUCUUGCUGUAUAUAGAUUUUAUUUUUUUUCUUCUUUCUUUCAAAUACAACAUUGUAACAUAUUGCCAUGUCUUAAACUUUUAAGAAUGUCAAAUUCAUAAAUAUCAUGUUCUUUGAUUAUUCCAGUUAAUGUACAUACUGAAUUUAAUACACUAAUAAUGCAAGACAGCUUAAUUUUUCUGACCCAUUUUCACAUCUAAUUACACCUGUCGUUAAAGGCAAUUUUUGAAUGCGCUCUUUUUUUUUUUUUUUUUAUCCGUCUCGUGUAUCGGAAUGCUUCAUCUUGGCCCUGUUUACUCUAAUACUUUGUGUGUAGGUCUAGAUAAUGUAAUGUGAUGCUUAAAAUGCAGUGCCGUUGGUAACACUCUAGAAAACCUUUAUUGGAGAAUAAGCAUUCAUGUACAUGUAAAUAUUCUGCAUCACAUCAAGAAAUGGUAGCAAAGAAAAUGUCCUUUUUUCAAUGAAAUGCCAUGAGGGUACUUUAUGUUUGUGUGCCAAAAAGCACAGCUAUAAAAACACUAGCUUGAAAUGUUACUUGCUUAUGCAGAAAUAUUCACAGAUAGUAGAUAAAAGUACAUUUGCUUUUCAAAAUAAGGCAAAAUUUUAGCUAUGAUAUUCUGAAAAUUUAAGAUUGACUCCUAUAAACAUUAUGACUGAUGUAGGAUGUUUUUGUCAUCACAUUUUUAAGGAGAGUUGAGAAGUGAUUUCUUAAAAUGUAAAUUGGAUGUUCUAUAGAUGCAUAUAAUGUGACUGGAUGGAAUAAAAAGUUGAAAAUGCA